CUCCUCCUCCUUCUUCUUCUUCUUCUCGUUACAAGGAACGCAAUUGCAGGCAAUUCACUUCUUUUUGUCUUCCUCUUCCAACCCAAACACCACAACCUCCACCAUGACCUCCACGAACAACCAACCCGAAGAGCCCAUCACCAUUCCCGCGGACCGGGAUGGAGUCGCCUACCUGUACGGCCACCCGCUGCUGAACUCGCUUUCGCCCCCUCUACACAAGACCGUCUACGAGAAGCUGGGACUGAACUGGAUUCAGAUCCCGCUGUCGAGCGUGACGGGCACGUCGGAGACCUACCCACCCCCUUACACGCGGUCGCCGCCGAUCGACAAGUUCCUGGCGUCGAUCCGGGCGAACCCCAAGUUCGUGGGGUCGUCGGUGACGAUGCCGUGGAAGGUGGCGAUCAUGCCGCACCUGGAUGAGCUGACGGAGGACGCGCGGCAAGCCGGGGCGUGCAACACGAUCUUCCUGCGGACCGACGAGAAGACCGGGGAGCGGCGGUACGUGGGCACCAACACCGACUGCAACGGCAUCCGGGAGGCGCUGGUGCAGAACUCGCCGGACCCGGCGGGCUUCCGCGGCAAGCCCGCGCUGGUCGUGGGCGGCGGCGGCACCGCCCGCACCGCCGUCUACGUCUUCCGCAAGUGGCUCGGCGCCAGCCAGAUCUACAUCGUCAACCGCGACGCCGCCGAGGUCGCCGCCAUCCUGGAGGAGGACCGCCAGCGUAACGCCGGCGUCGACAGCGGCAGUCUCGCCCCAAUCAUCCCCGUCACCGACCCCGCCGUCGCCGCCUCCCUCGAGACCCCCGCCGCCAUCGUCUCCGGCAUCCCCAACUACCCGCCCAAGAGCCCCGAGGAGAUCAACGCCCGCCAGGUGCUGCAGGCUCUGCUCGGGAGCAAGGACGACGCCAAGCCCAAGGGCGUCAUCCUGGAGAUGUGCUACCACCCCGUCCCCUGGACCGAGAUCGCCGAGCUCGCCGACGCCGCCGGCUGGAAGGUCAUCCAGGGCUCCGAGGCCCUGAUCUGGCAGGGUCUGGAGCAGGCGCGGCUCUGGACCGGCCGCGAUAUCAUCGGCACCCCUGGAGUCGUCGAUGCGGUCAAGGACCUGGUCGCCAAGACGAUCGCCGAGCGGACGCAGCCCAAGUCUGCUUAG